AUGUUGCCCCUACUCGUCCUCUUUCUCCUCCAGUUCCUCGUGAGCGCCAGCGGCCUCCAACCAAAUUUAUACACCCGUCAGCAACAGACUGUUACAGGCGAUUCUUCAUGUGGCACUUCAGUUUGCAUUGCCGCAACUGUUAAUGGGUCAACCACAACUUAUGUCGUUUCCAGUAGCGGAAAUAGGAGAGUUGGGUGGAUGGGCAUGGGCUUCGGAAGCCAGAUGGCCAAUACUCCUAUGGUCAUUAUGUGGCUGAACAGUGACGGUACAGUCGCUCUUUCCCAACGUUCGGCGACCCGCCUGGUUAUGCCCACUGUCGACUCUGAUCCUCCAAGGAUUGCCUCAUUUUCUUCAGGAGCCAGCGUUCUGUCUGGCUCUACGCUGAGCUUCGCUUUCACAAUUCCCUCAAACAGCGACACGAGACAAUCGGUUAUCUACGCAUUGGGAACGACGACGCCAAGUUCUUCAGCAGUCGACGCGCCGAUAGUUCAGCAUAUCGACGCGGGAACCCUUUCCCUCGACCUCACCAAACAAGUGUCGACGUCAACCACGACGAGUUCUGGCACCUCACCAACGUCAACUGGAACGUCUGGCUCGGGCACAGGAACAGGUUCGGGUUCAACAAGCAUUCCUUUGCAACCUCAUCAGAAAGUCAUCGUGGCCCAUGCCGUGUUCUGCACGGUUGGCUUCCUUCUUUUCCUGCCCGCUGGUGUUCUUGUGGCACGUUUCAUGCGAAUUUUCAUUCCUACCUGGUUCCAGGGACAUUGGAUACUUCAGUGGGGCAUUGCCGGACCAACGAUUCUCAUCGGUAUUAUUCUUGGUAUCGUCGGUGUUGGCCAAGCCGGCGCGCAGCAUUUGGAUGACAACCAUAAGCGAUGGGGAAUCGCACUAUUCAUUCUUUAUCUAGUUCAAUGCGCAUUCGGCGCCGUCGUUCACUUCAUCAAGAAGCAAAAUCUCAAGCACAGACCCCCUCAGAACUAUGCCCAUGCGAUCCUCGGUCUUGCGGUGAUAGGACUUGCUUUCUACCAAGUCCGGUCGGGCUAUCAUGAAGAAUGGCCAUUGACCACAGGGCGUGACCCCUUGCCGUCGGGCGUCGACGUUCUAUUCUGGAUCUGGGUCGCGCUCCUACCACUCGCAUAUGCCGCAGGUCUGGUUUUCCUCCCCAAGCAAUAUCGACAGGAAAAAGAGGCAGUCAAGAUGAGGAGACAAGACAACGAGGGAAACUUCAACCUCAAGCAGACCUCGUACCAGCAAUAUAGCCGAUGA